UAAUAGUUCCAAUCAAUUCAGUUGAGCAAAAAUGCAAUUCUUUGGAGGCACAGAAAUCAGUCCAUCCCCGCCGGCGCCCACCGCGUCCGGGAACAAUGCCCACAUGCUCUACAUUUUCAACAGAAAUGGAGUCUGCUUGCUAUACAGAGAAUGGAAUCGCCCCCUCAAAACCCUAAGCUCGCAGCAAGAUCACAAGCUCAUGUUCGGCCUCCUCUUCUCCCUCAAGUCCUUGACCGCUAAAAUGGAUCCCACCAGUGCUGAAAAAGGGAAUCUUGGGGUGCCGCAGCUGCCUGGGCAAGGGUGUUCAUUUCACAGUUUUCGAACUAAUACUUACAAAUUGAGCUUUAUGGAGAGCCCAUCUGGGAUCAAGAUCAUCCGUGUUACUCAUCCAAGAACAGGUGAUCUGAGAGACUCCCUCAAGUACAUCUACAACUUGUACGUUGAAUAUGUCGUCAAGAAUCCACUAUAUUCACCAGGAUCUCCCAUCAGGCGAGUGAUUUUUUUGUUUUCUUUUACUUUUGUAGGGCUUGUAGCUCAUUCGGCUUCUUUGUAUUCAAGCCUAUUACAACUUUAGCCCACUUGCAUACAGAAAAGUGAUUAAUUUGGUUAAAAAGUUUAUUUACUUUUGGAUAUCAUCGUUGUCGUCUUGUUUAUCGUGAC